GAUACUUUAAUCAAUUCUUUGUUCGUUGCGUCCAUUGCCGACAUACCCAGUUAUUGAUUUGCUGUUCUGGAGCUUAGUCUGGUUCUUUUAGAUCUGGGUUUCAAAUUGAGCGCUAUUUAAAUCUUGAAUAUCUACUCAAUUAUCCAUUUUUGGCUGCGAAUGGAGAUUUCUAGUGGAGUUUGUUCUCCUAGAGUCAGGUCUGAUAGUUCGAAGAAAGAGGGAUCCGAGGAAACCCCUUUGCAAGGUUUAGAGAUGGAAUUGUCUUCUGAGGUCGGUCAUGAUUAUCAGACUCAACCAAUGAAUGCGUUGGAUAUCAUGAGAGAGACCGUGAGGAUUCUUAGGUUUAACUCUUGGGGUUUCAUGGGGAUAAUGACUUUCCUCAUUUGUCCUGUUUCUGCUGUACUGUUGCCUAAGAUUCUAGUAAAUGAGUCCGUUGUGACGAGACUGACUAUGAGACUUGUGUUGGUUGCUCAAACAAGUGGUUUCUCGCUGACACCUUUCAUCAAAGACUCUUGCCAUCGUUUUGCAGAGACGAUGGUUUCUUCGUUCAUGUGCUUCCCAUUGUAUAUCACACUGCUGUUAUCAUCAAAAGCUGCAGUAUUUUACACAGUAGAAUGUACGUACUUGAGGAAACUGUUUGAUGUAUCCAAGUUUUGGGCGGUCAUUGCUAAGUUUUGGAGGAGAAUAGUUUCGACAUACAUGUGGACUUGCUCAGCAAUAGCAGGUUGCGUCAUCUUGUUUGCUGUUAUUCUAGUAGCUUUGUGCAGUGCAUUUUCUGUUCUUGGGUUUUCAUCAGAGAUGGUUGUGUCUGCUGCAAUGGUGGUUGGGCUAGUUUUCUCAGUCAUAUUUGCCCAUGCAAUUAUCAUUUGCAAAGUUGCUCUUGUAAUAUCUGUGCUGGAGGAUGUUUCAGGAGCACAAGCGAUGUUGAGAUCUAGUGUUUUAAUCAAGGGUCAAAUUCAGGUAGGUCUUGUGAUAUUUCUUGUAUCUGCUAUAGGAAUGGCCUUUGUGGAGGGACUGUUUGAGCACAGGGUAAAGACAAUAAGCUAUGGUGAUGGAUCUUCCAGGACGUGGGAAGGACCACUCUUGGUUAUAAUGUAUUCCUUUGUUUUUCUUGUAGAAUCCAUGAUGAAUGCUGUUUUCUACUUCAAUUGUAAGUUUUCUUAUAAGGAGAUCUCAGAUGUUGAAGGUGACACAGUUUUGUACACCAGAAAUGUCACAUCUUCUGAAUCAAUGGGUAUUCAGUGAGAUAGCCAAUUUGAUUUUGUUUCAUUAAGUGAAUUAGUAAUGCAAAGAAGUGAGUGAACUGCAUGAGAUUGUUCAUGGCAAAUUUAUCAUCACAUAGUAGCCUUGCACUGAUGCUUCUUCAACCCAUUGAAUAUGGGGGCUAUACAAGAGCGGAUGAAUUUGAACGGCUUUCAAGUCUCAAAAACCUUUUGAGAUUUACUCAUUUGAGCAAGUGAAAGUCUCUUUCAGAUGAAGAGACACAUGAAAGCAGGGUGAGAUUGAUGGUUUCAUGUUUUGUAGUGUUUGAGGAAAAUCUGCUAUUUGUGUGGACAAAAUGGUAGAAAUUCUAAUUUGAAUCUUCUCCGUUCAUGUAAUCACGCAUUUGCUAAAGAGAAUUACACAAGAACGUGUUUUGAUUA